AAUGUUAACAAUGCAGUAAGUGUCCAACUUUGUACUGCAUUUCUACUUGUGCCGUGAGUAACGAGAAAAUGGAGGACAGGCUCGCGCAAUGUAAAGUGUGUUUGUUUUAACGGGACGAGGCAAGCUGUCGCUAAAUGAAGUAAGCGGGGGUUAAAGCGCACAUCUUGUUGAGUGCGGGAUUGAACGCUUCUCUUACACGGCAAAGAUGCAGACCAGGCUGGAGUGGAAGCAACACACAUGCAUAACCCCUUUUGUGUUAGGGGAGGUGGGGGAUUGUGCCCCCUAAAAGGACCAUGUGCUCCAGCAGGACCUCGAAGAUCUACUAAGUUUACACAAGAGUUCAUCUGGGUGGGGGCAUUAGCUGCCAUUCAUAGCUCAGCCUUGGGUGUGUGUGUGUGUGUGUGUGUGUGUGUGUGUGUGUGUGUGCAUGAAGGUCUGUGAAUUUAUUUUUGUUAUUUUUUCUCUGCUUCUGCAAUUGACUUGGUAUGUGUAUGUGAGUAAGCGAAGCGAACUUGCCAGCGUGCAGGGGUGGGGGUGUCUGUGACUGUGUACCAUAGGUUUGGGUGGGUCUACCCAUGCGGCCGAAAACUUUCCCUGCAGCCCCGUAUGUGGGCAACACACGCCAACGGCUCCAGGAGAUCAAGGAAGGACUGAAACAGCCAGCUAAGCUGGUGAGCCAGGCGCUGCAUGGAGGCAGUGCCCGAGGAGAAGGGAGCAGAGGGGGAGACUGCAAAGGUAAAGACCAGGCUGGUCGGCAGCAACAACUUCGUCAACCCCAGAAGUUCAACAACUACCAGAAUGCCCUGCGAGAGAUUCGCAAGUCACUCAUGCCUUUUGCCAAUGAGUCUGGUCCAGCAUCCAGCUCCUCACACCCAGGCGGAGACGUAAACAGGCAGAUGCUUCAGGAGCUCGUCAAAGCUGGGUGUGAUCAGGAAAUGGCAAUACGUGCAUUGAAGCAAACUGGCAGCCGUAACAUCGAAGCAGCAUUAGAGUACAUCAGUAAGAUGGGCUACCUAGACCCUCGCACUGAGCAGAUUGUACGUGUCAUCAAACAGACUUCUCCAGGCAAAGGUGGCAUUGCAAAUUCAGUAGAUCACAGGCCAGCAAUGGAGACUUCCAGUGAAGGUGCUAUGCCCCCUUACCACCAGAUGGGACCACCGCUAUAUGAGGGAGCUGGCUAUGGGUCAGAGGGAGAGAUGGCACGUCCAUAUAUGAGUGCACCACCAGUCUUGAACUACAUGAUGCCACCUACUAACUCAGCACAGGGUCCUUCAAUGGGGAACCCCAUGGCUCGGCCCCCCAGCAUGGGUGCCUAUCCACCAGCCAUGACGUCUCAGAAUGCCCAAGGGACCGCAAUUUACCCCUCUGGUCCUGCUCAGCAGAAAGGAUACACAGGGGGCAUGGAUCAGGCUAUGAUGGGCUACAGUGUGUCUGGUCCACACAUGCAACUCCAGUCCCAGCCACCAGGGGGCCCUGGUUCUCAUUAUGACUACAGACCUCCUAUAAUGGAGCCCUCUGGCUAUAGUGUUAAACGGAGUGCUUCUUUUCAGAACAAGAUGCCCCCUCUGGCACCGGACAACUAUGUCAAUAUUCAAGGUAAAGGAGCUAUAGGUCAAAAUGGUGGUGGAUACCCUCCUAACCUUUACCUGCCUCCUCAUUCACACCCUCGCCAGGCCAGCCCAACUUCACACCAAGUCCACAUGAUGUCACGUUCCCCUGGAGGAGCAGCUGCAGCAGCUGCUAUGGGUCCUGAGUUCUCAGAUAUACCUCAAGGUCUUCUCACCCCUUCCAGGGCCAGCCUCAACCUUGACCUAUAUGACCACCACUGGGCUGGGCCUCAAGGCCCAGAGGCAGCACCUCCAGCCAGGCAGCCACAGGGGCCCUUCAGAGGGGAGGUACGUGUCCCCAGCAGGACAAAUUCUUUUAACAACCACCAAAAGGUAAAUGUAAGACAAGCAAUGCCCCCUGCAACCAAUGUACCUAGCAAACAGGAGUCUGGAAUGGGGCCACCCAAUACCAUCACUGCAGUGACCUCUCCACCAAUACAGCAGCCUGUGAAGAGCAUGAGAGUAAUGAGACCAGAGCCAAAGACUGCGGUUGGACCAUGCCACCCAGGCUGGUUAGCUGCACAGGCCCAGGAUACUCCUGAGACUCAUGGGUACUUGCCAGAUGAAAGUUUUACUUUGGAAUCCUCCCAGGAGCCCCGAUGUCCGCCACCACCAUACCCCAAAACGCUGCUUAUGUCUGGAGCCACAGGUGUACAGGAAACUGCACCCUUGGAAGCUGGAAGCAUAGCUGGAGCUCCAGACCACAGUGCCCCAGGUAGGCCUGUCCCAAGUGCCCCAGCAGGAAAGCCAGAAGAGCGUGCCACCAAAGACAAAGCAAAGCCAGGGAAAGGAGAGAAGAUCGUGAAGGAUAAGAAGCAGAUUCAGACUUCACCAGUACCAGUGCGGAGGAAUGCCCGUGAUGAAGAAAAAAGGGAGUCACGCAUCAAGAGCUAUUCUCCCUUUGCUUUUAAAUUCUACAUGGAGCAGCAUGUAGAAAAUGUUAUGAAAACCUACCAGCAGAAGCUAAAUCGCAGACUGCAGCUGGAGCAAGAGAUGUCUAAGGCUGGUCUGUCAGAAGCAGAGCAGGAGCAGAUGAGAAAGAUGUUGAACCAGAAGGAGUCCAACUAUAACCGUCUGCGCCGUGCCAAGAUGGAAAAAUCUAUGUUUGUGAAAAUUAAAACACUUGGAAUUGGGGCCUUUGGAGAGGUGUGUCUGACCCGUAAGGUGGACACAGGAGCUCUGUAUGCCAUGAAGACUCUCCGAAAGAAAGACGUCCUGAACCGUAACCAGGUGGCUCAUGUUAAAGCAGAACGGGACAUCCUAUCAGAGGCCGAUAACGAAUGGGUAGUCCGACUGUACUACUCAUUUCAAGAUCGGGACAGCCUGUAUUUCGUUAUGGACUACAUUCCUGGGGGAGACAUGAUGAGCCUACUAAUUCGUAUGGGGGUUUUCCCUGAGCCAUUAGCCAGGUUCUAUGUGGCAGAACUGACACUUGCUAUUGAGAGUGUGCAUAAGAUGGGUUUUAUCCACAGAGACAUCAAACCUGAUAACAUCCUCAUUGACCUGGAUGGACACAUCAAGCUUACUGAUUUUGGAUUGUGCACGGGGUUCCGCUGGACACAUAACUCAAAGUAUUAUCAGAAAGGGAACCAUAUCCGCCAGGAUAGUAUGGAACCCAGUGACUUCUGGGAUGAUGUGUCUAACUGUCACUGUGGUGACCGGUUGAUAACACUGGAACAACGGGCAAACCGUCAACAUCAGCGCUGUCUUGCACACUCCUUAGUGGGCACUCCCAACUACAUUGCCCCUGAAGUGCUACUGCGGAAAGGAUACACUCAACUCUGUGACUGGUGGAGUGUGGGAGUGAUUCUAUUUGAGAUGCUAGUGGGCCAGCCUCCAUUCCUUGCGCCAACCCCUACAGAAACACAGCUCAAGGUGAUAAACUGGGAGAACACAUUGCAGGUACCUCCACAAGUCAAGCUGAGCCCUGAGGCCAUUGACAUCAUAGGACGUCUCUGCUGUUCAGCAGAGGAGCGUCUGGGAGGAAAUGGUGCUGGUGAGAUAAAGGCCCACCCUUUCUUUGCCGAGGUGGACUUCUCCAGCAACCUUCGCACUCAGCCUGCUCCAUACCGACCUAAGAUUGCUCACCCAAUGGACACUUCCAACUUUGAUCCAGUAGAAGAAGAGGGUGGCCCAGGGGCAUGGAGUGACAGUGGAGACAGCACUCGUGCUUGGGAUACCCUCUGCUCUCCAAAUAGCAAACACCCUGAACACGCCUUCUAUGAGUUCACCUUUCGCAGAUUCUUUGAUGAUAAUGGCUGUCCGUUCCGUUACCCUAAGCCCCUUGAAGAAACACAAGGGCCCCCCAGCAGUAGUGGGGCUAGUAGCUUGGGCCCCGAGGAGGAAGAGGAUGAGGACGAAGUGGAGGGGGGAGAAGAAGAGCAAGGAGAGAGGUGUGAGCCUGUAUAUGUGUGAGACGUGGGGAAUGAGUUCACAUGCUGAUUCACCUUCACCAGUGUGGCUUUUAUUAAAUAACACACAAUACACCAGACAGUCCUGUGUGUUUAAGGUUUAAUUGAAAAGGAGAGAAGGGAAUUAAAGAGGGAUGUUCAUGGAAAGAGAAAAAUAAUGCUAUGUGAAAUGCAUAUUAUUAUUCGAAUAUUAUCAUGCAGAAUCUUUUACUUGUUCAUGGAUAUGUACGUCUAAUGGAAACUGCAAUGUGGGACCAAUAAAUGUGGACUGAGACAGAUUCAGUGUGACACAGGAUGCUGUGUCGUUCUGCAAGGUUCGCUGUCAGUGAAGGUGACACAGCAAUUCCUAAUUCCAGAUGAGUAACUGUGAUCGUGGUCACUGGACUCAGUGCAGGGCUAAACCAGGGGUGAUGGUGUUAUUUGGUGAUUAUUAACUGUGUGUGUCAUGUGACCACACAAUUUAAUCAAAAUCCUUCUACCCUAAUAAUAUAUGGGCCCAAAUACACUCAGAUGUGUUGUUUCUUCUGCAACUGUCUGUAGAGACACCCAUGUGAGUCUACCAUGCCUGGUAGAUCAGCGACUCAUUUUAAACCUUGAAGGGUUUAUACAAUAAACAAUAAAAAGAGAUGUCUAUUUGGAGCCUGCUAGUCCCAGGAGAAAAUGCACCUACGUGAAGAUAAGAUAUGGCUCAGGUUGUUUUCCUCCUUGUGUUAAGGAAACUUCUGUAUAAAUUACAGAAUAUUUUGGUUUGAGAGUGAUUUCACAAUGCCUCCUAGUGAUUUCAAAAACACAGCGUAAUGCUCAACCUGGAAAACAGAAUUUUUACAGACAGUUAUUUGCAACUAUGUGUGUUACAUAUUCUGACUUUAUCUGCACCUCAGAGCUUUCACAGUUAUGACAUUAUUGUACUAGCUGGUCCUCUAUCUCUAACAAUUUGUGUCACCACAAUUCUUUAGGAGUAAUAGUUACUCUCCAGUUUCCAGCAUUACUCAUGGUAUCUGGACCUUCCCCACUGCUUUAAUAUUAGCACCUAGGCAUAUUCUGAAUAUCGAUUUAAGUGUUUAUCAUCAGUUAUUUACUAUUUCACUCAUAUAUAUAGAAAUAGAUAUGUUCAGCUCAACAAGGAGUCUUAACAAUCAGGGGACUUAUUUUUUUAAACAUCAUCCUUAUGUAGAUUCACUGGCAACACUUGUACCCAAAAAAAAUAUUUAAAUUUGGCAAUUUUUAAAGUUAUUGCAGCACACACAUACACUGUACAGUGUUAACAUGAAGUCUCUGACUAAAAUAUAAACAAUAUCUUAUAAGACAGUAGUGAAAAGUGUCAGAAGAAAAUAAUUGUAUGGGAUUACUAUGUGCAAUACAGAAUAUAUAUUAUAUAAUUUUAUAAUCACACGAACAGCUUUUUUAAAUCAAUACUGAAAUACACUAUGUAAAGUUAAAAAAAUAUUGGUUUUAAUUUUUUUCUCAAUAUAGAUACCUGACCCAGUGCUGCUCUUUGUUAUUGAUGUUACAUUAUCAUCAUACUUUCAUAUAUGCCUUUCAUUUUUUUUUUCUUUUGUAAAAAAGCAUGCUGUUGGUUGACGAUGUCAUUGACAACAAGAUGUGAUAAACUGUGUGCCUUCUAAUGAAUGUGUGGGUGUGUCCACCACAUGCUGAUCAGUAUUUAAGAAGGAGAUGGAAACAUGCUUUUCCCCUUCACUCAGGCUGGUCCUAAAUGUUUGGGAAAGGGUGUUUAGUAGAAAGUGAGGAAGUAGAAAGUAAAGAUUGGAAUGAAAAUUAGUUAUUAAAUUGUUAAAGACAUAAGAAGAAAAAGUGGAUUUGAUUGGAUUUUAUAUACCUGUUUUUUUUUAAGUAAUAUGAUGUGUCUAAGUAAUUGUAUUGAAUUGAAUUGUUGAGUCCAUUUAAUUAACAUUUUUGUAAAGAUAAGAACUUGCAAUAAGUAACUGUACAAAACCAACAUUAUCUUUGAUGCUAAUUGACAAUCACUAAUAAAUUUUGCAAGCUGUUGUUUUAAACUUACUGAACCAUCACUUAGAACACCUGACUGGAAAAACUUAAUUAAAUCCACAGUCCAUUAUGGUGUCUCAUAAGUAGUUAAAAUUCAAUCACAACUGAUUUUUAACUGAAUAACGAACCUUUACAACAAAAUGUAUUGCAUGAGUUAAUACUAACAUCACACCCUUUUACCCCAAUGAGACUUAACAGUAAGUGUGGCAGAUGUUCUGCUGACCCAUAUUCAUCAUGAUGGAACACUCAGUGAAAAUUUCAGGAGACAGGCCUUAUAGAAUUAUUUUAGUGUCAUGUGAGUGUGUUUUGUUUUGGAUUGAUUUUUCUGUAUUUCACGUUUGAAAGUGCUGACUGACAAUCUAUGGUUGAGAAUAACUGAUAUUGGACUUUUGUGUGCCUUUUUUAAUUUCAGUGCUUGAGUCGGGUGGGACUUUUUGACUUCUGUGAUCUUCCUUAAUGUAUUAUGUAAUACAGCUACUAUUGAAUAUAUAUAUAUAUAUAUAUAUAUAUAUAUAUAUAUAUAUAUAUAUAUAUAUAUAUAUAUAUAUAUAUAUAUAUAUUUAUACAGAUAUACAUAUUUUUUGUAUCUUUAUUAUUUUUCAUUUUUCUGAGCUAACUUCUGAACCUCUGUGUCUUCAGUAUUACAGACAGUAAAUAUUUGGAUUCAUAUCUUUUUAAAUACAUUUAUGAACCAAGAAUUUGUUAAAUAUGCUUUCACUGUUCUCACAUGUGUAAAUGUAUAUUCCUAAAUUAAAUUAAAUAAAUGAAUCCCA